UGAAGUAGCUCCAUAGGUCAGUCCCACGCCACUUCCUCUUUUUCUUGUCCACCAAGCUCAAAACUAGGGCGCGGAUGAAUGACGCGGAUACUCAAAUGGGAGAGGCUGCCGGCGCAGAGAGCUCGCGCAGGCCACACUGCCACGCUCGUUGGCGGCAGCAGGAUUUUGGUCUUCGGUGGACGAUGCGGAGACCAAUUCAUGAAUGAUUUGUGGGAAUUCGACCUACAGCGCGAGAAAUGGAGGCAGCUCCAAGAGCACGCUCCUUUUGCUGCCCGGGCUUAUCACUCCGCGACAGUGGUGGGGAAGAACACGCUUUGGAUCAUCGGUGGAAGUGAUGCCAAGACGAUCCACGAUGAUGUUCACGCUCUUAACACGGAAACUCUCGAGUGGUCUACUCCAGUUUUAAAAUCACAAGGAACUCCAAGAGGUACUCACGCAGCUGUGAUUCACCCUCUAAAUCCGAAGUGUAUUCUCGUCUUUGGUGGCUAUGGUGGAUUCAAGCCUGGGACUUUUAACUGGCUUGGCGAUCUCUCGGUGCUAAACACAGAUUCUUUGCAGUGGGAGGUGCUACAACCGGGAGGAAAUUGUCCUUGCUCGAGGGGUUAUCAUAGUUUUACCACGUUUGGACACAACGUUUUACUCUUUGGAGGGAAGAACAACUCUGGUAUAGUUGAAGAGGACGAUUUGAGUGUGUACGAUGGCUUUGAGAACAAAUGGUUUACCAUAAAACCGUCUGGCGAAGGUCCUUGUCCUCGCUCAAAUCACGCUGCGGUACUGGCGCAUGAAACGAGCAUAUUUGUCCAUGGUGGUCGCUAUGGAAAGUCACGUUUGAACGAUAUUUAUUCGCUCGAGAUUGCUGCCAGCGGCGCUUCUUACAAGUGGCAAAAUUACGAUUCUAAAGUGGUGGACAGUAAGUCGAGAACUUUGAAGAUAGCUGAUGCAGCGGAUGGGCCAGAAGGCCGUGCGGCACAUUGCCUUGUUGUCUGCAAUGAUUCUCUCUACAUGCUUGGUGGCUAUGGUGGUAAAGGUGGUACAUUCUCUGAUAUGUACGUGGUGCGACGUCUUCCACAAAAAGGAAGGCAAACUAAGUCAAAGGCAACAUCUCGAAAAGUUUCUUUUGUCUCACUUCCUCUGGAGGGUGGGGAAGACAAUGAGGGAUGGUUCAGCACCAGGAAAGAAGCUCUUUCUGCAAGCCAUACUGGUGUAGGCAUUGAAGCCGACGACCCAUACCAUUGGACGCCAGAAGAUACAGCAGAAAGAACUGUGCUGUUAGGGGAGACAUCGAUGAAGCCGUGUAGCAGCACGAAAAGAAAGUCACCUCCGGGAUUUCCUCAAGAAGAUCUCGCAAGAGAAGUACAAAAUAUGCGUAACAAGCGUCUUGUUUUGGAGGGUCAAGUAGCUGCAGCGCAGGCUGGAAUGACAAAAGCCUCGACAGAAUUAGAAACUGUUCAGGCUGAAAAAGAACGUUUGCAACGAAGAGUUGACGCGCUUCAAGAUCAGGUUGACACUGAGAGUACCAAAGCAAGCUUGUUGCAAAGGGAACUUGAGGAGCGGGUAAUAGCAAGCCAGAGAACAGAAGUUUUGUCGACACAACUCAGAGAAGAAUUGCAGGCAAGCGCCUUGAAAUUGGACUCGAAGGAAAGAGAGAAGCAGGAUCUUCACUAUCAACUCAAAUCUGUGGAAAAGAAAUUGGAUGAGCGGGAAAGUUCACUAGAGCGAAUCAAAGAGUUGCACGAGGAUGCAGUUUUAGAGCGCGACGAAUACAAAUCCUGUGUACAAAAGCUGGAAAUGGAGCUUCAGAAGCAAAUGCAAGCUCUACAACAAAUGAAGUCAAACUAUGAUACGGAACGCAGUUUCUUAUUACAGGAAGUUGCUGAAAGAAAAGGAACAGCUGAUAGAAUUUUCACGGAGCUAGGGAUAUCGAAGGAAUCGUGCAGGGCUAUGCAAGAACAUGUAACUCUACUAACAAAACAACUAGAUCAGGCAAAUGAGAAGCUAGAUCGACACCACAGAGAGAAGGAAGAGCUGAACCGAUCAAACGGGGCUCUUUCGGCUGAACUACAACAGGUGAAAGCGGCAAAAGAUGGAACCGAGUCCACUUUGCAGCUUCUGCGAAACGAGCUUGCGUCUGCUCGGACGUUGAUGGAGAGGAAUGCUUUGGAAGUCACAAAGAUGAAGGAGAACGCCGACGAAGCCGCAAGUCACAUAGCAACACUCCAUUCGUCACUCAGAAAGGCUCAGGAAGAACUGAGGCUCAAAGUUGCAGACAACGAUCGAUUGAGGAACCAUCUCCACGAGCUUGAAGAAUUCGAGCAAUCUCAAGUCCAACUCCUCCAAAGUCACAUAGAAAGGCUCCAAUGUUUACGCCAGUCGUGUCCAAGGAUAUAAAACACUAUAAAAUUGUGGAGAUCGACAGCAGUCGUCAUAUAAAGGUCCACUAUAAAUGUGUGAGGACCCAUUGUGUAAGCGUUGUUGUCCACAUUGUAUAAUGAAUCGAUUUCUUUUC